CGCUGUAUAAAUACAUGUACAGAUCAAACAUAGAAUUCACUGUCAAACAAAAGCAUCUUGUGUUGCUUACAAGAAACACGCACACACAAGGGCCCUUUUUGACUAAGUCCCGUUUCCUACACAAAUUAAGGAGCAUGUCCAAGACUAGAACAAGAGGCAAAAUUGGUGGCAUUUUAAAGCUCAAGAUAGUGUUGGAAAGGCUGCAGAAGAGUCUAAUUCUAGGGAAGAAAUUUUCUUGCGACGACGAGAUGGAAGAGAUUCCGGUGCCGGAAGACGUAAAGGAAGGGCAUUUUGCUGUGAUCGCGGAGGACGACGAUGAACUCAAGAGAUUCAUCGUGCCGUUGAGUUGCCUCACGCACCCGUCAUUCUUGAGGCUAUUGGAGCAAGCUGCUGAGGAGUAUGGCUUUGACCAUGAGGGCGCCUUGACGGUCCCCUGCCGGCCGAGCGAGCUCGAGCGGAUUCUGGCGGAGCGGUGGGCAGAGGAAAGGGGGUCUAGGGUUGCCGCCGGUGGUGGUGUUCAUAAGUGGGGUUCAUGCAAUAAAACUACGUUGAAGAGCUACUAAAUACUAAUGUGUUGUCUACAUAUUAGGCUGGUAAAUGUUAACGACUUAGGUACUAUCCCAAAAUAAAAUUAUGAGUCGUUAAAUUAUACAUGAGGAUGUAAUUAUUUUGUUUGUUGAAUUAUGUUAUAUUAGUUGAGGCUCAUAAAUUAAUUGUUGGAUCGAA